CCAAGUAUUACUACCACUACGCAAAACAUUACUACUACACCAAGCAUUACUACCACUACGCAAAACAUUACUACUACACCAAGCAUUACUACCACUACGCAAAACAUUACUACUACACCAAGCAUUACUACCGCUACACAAAACAUUACUACUACACCACACAUUACUACCACUACGCAAAACAUUACUACUACACCAAGCAUUACUACCACUACGCAAAACAUUACUACCACUACGCAAAACAUUACUACUGCACCAAGUAUUACUACAGCUACGCAAAACAUUACUACUACAUCAAGCAUCACUACUGCUACACAAAACAUUACUACUACACCAAACAUUACUAGUACUCCAAGCACUACUGCUAAUACUACACAAAAAAUUACUGCAACUACACAAAACAUUACUACUGCACCCAAUAUUACUACUACUACACAAAAAAUUACUACUGCAGUGAACAUUACAACUGCUACACCAAACAUUACAGCUAGUGCACAAAACAUUACUACUUCCCCAACAAUUCCUAUUACUACAUCUAAAACUUACACUACACCUUCUACUUCUACUAGUACUACAUCUCCAACUUCAGUUACCCCGCCUACCACCACUGCCCUGAAAUGUGAUAAUGGAGGGGAAAACGUGAACGGUGUCUGCCUCUGUCCUGAUGAAUGGACUGGAGAGACAUGUUCAGAAGUAAAUUUCUGCGCAGCCCAACGAUUUGAAGGAUUCAGGUUCCCCCGUACACCCAUUGGCUGGUUUGCAUAUUCUGUUGAAAUAUGUGAAGUGGGGACAAGUGGCGCUGGUAAACCUCAGGCUUCAACCAGAUGCUUGUUCAUGAGCGAAUCACCAGGUUUCAACACUCUACAGAUCUUCCAGUGUAACCUGACACUCAGUGACAUACAACAAAAUCUGACAAGUCCAGCUGAUUUAGAGAUGCUGGCAACCAGCACUCAGAUUCUGACAUCCAACCCAGAAGAGCUGACGGCCGAAAAUGUUACAGCAGCAGCUGAGAUCGCCAACACACUGCUGCUGUCUGCAAACGCCACAGAGAGUGUCAGAGUGGCAGCAGUAGCAACGGUCAGUCAGCUGCUGAACACCACUGUAUCAGAUGACACAGAGGAAAACAACACAACUCUGGGGCUGACGGUGACUCUGGACCAGCUCUCUGUGAACCUCAGCCUCAGUCUCAAUGCAUCUCAAUCCCAGGUGGUUCAGCCAAACCUGGUGGUCCAGUCGGCACAGAUUUCUGCUGCACAGACUCAGGGAGUCCAGUUCACUUCUCUUAGAGGGACGUCUGGCAGUUUUGUAGCUGACAGAAUUCAGCUGAACACAAACGCAACACAGGUUGUGGUGGAAAGCGGUUUCAUAGCUGAUGCCCUCAUUUACGUACGAUUCCCUCAAGCUGAAGGUACCAAAGGUCGUCAGACAGACUCAAACAUCUCCCUGGGUUUCGUUCUCUAUCAGAACGAUCGUUUCUUCCGUUCAAAACUCUACACGAGGCGACGGGCCACCAUCAGGGUCCUGUCAGCAAGCGUCAGAGGGCGGGAACCCAACGUGGUGCCACAACAUGUGGAGAUGAUAUUCAGGCCAAGAAACAUCAGUGGGACGUCUCUGUACGACUUCUCCUGUGUUUUCUGGAACUACAGUCAGAAGGACUGGAGCACCAGUGGCUGCUCUAAAGGAAACACUUCAGAUGGACUCAUGAGAUGUUUCUGUAACCACACCACCAACUUUGCUGCUCUCUGGUCAUACAGAGAGAACUACGAGUAUGCAGAAGCUCUGGGUGUGAUCUCCAUUGUGGGACUUUCUCUUUCUAUUCUGGGUUUGGUUGUGACGAUCAUUUAUCACAUUAAAGAAAACUUCUUCGGGAAGUCUCAUGGUCAGCCAAGUAACCUGAAUUCAAAGCUGGCUCUGCUGUGCAUCUACCUCAGCCUGCUGGCCUUCAUCAUCACCUUCCUCUCUGGAGUCCAAAACUCCAGCAGACAGAUCGACACUGAGGUGCAGAUUCACAAUCGGACCAAUGACAUCCUGAACUCUGAUGAACGCAUAGAACCGGACCGCGGCUCGUGUACGGCUGUAGCAGCUCUGCUGCACUUCCUCCUGAUGGCCACCUUCAUGUGGAACAGUGUAUACAGCACUCAACUGGUGCUGCUGGUCCGGUCAAUGCGCCGCAGCCUGCCAACACACUGGACUCCACUGAGUGUGACUCUGGGAUGGGGAGUGCCAGCGUGUUUCAUGGUCAUCACACUGGGGGUGAGCUACAGGGUGGACAAUCCACUGGGAUACAGACAAGAGGAAUUUUGUUGGCUGGCAGCGUUGGAUAAGAACAAACAGUUCAACUUUGGAAAACCGAUGUUUUGGGCUUUCCUUCUUCCUAUCGGCCUGAUCCUGAUUUACAACAUCGUCCUGUUGGUUCUCACCUCCAUGACUACAUGCAAAGUUGAACCCAGACUGACCAGCAACAAGAAGUCGUCUUUAAGCAAGAAGUUCCUCAUUAGUUUAUCUCUGGCGGUGUUACUCGGUCUGUCCUGGACUCUGGGAUAUUUCGUGCUGCUCAGUUCAGAAAAAACACACCAGAUCUUCAGCAUUUUGUUCUAUAUCUGUACAACCACACAGGGUUUACAGAUUUUCCUCCUCUUCACAGCCCGAACGCGGGCCUUCAGAGCCUCCAUCUCACGGUCCAUGCGGUACAUUUCCUCAGUCAACAUCCCUUUGACCAACACAAAGUACAAUCUGUGGAAGAAGUGGAAUACCUGGAAUAUGAGCCAGUCGGAGACCUACAGGGAUCUGAGCGACAUCGAAAUGACCACCAGCAAAACCCUGUAGUACCUGAGGAGGACAUACAAAAAAGCCUCUUGCAGUAAAAACUUGUCAUGUUGACAAGGAUUACAUGCAUACAUCACAAUGAAAAUUCAUAUUUUUCAGUGUAAGCUAAUGGCUGGGAAUAUUGCUGAAGUGUCCUGGAUGAGCUUCUGAUUUUUUAAGUGUAUUUUUGACUGACUGAACUGCAUUUCCAAGAAUUUACAACAUGCUGUUCUGCACUCAGAGGAAGAAGCGGUUGGAUUUCCUGACUGCUUUGACAGUCUCUCGCUCUCUACAUGAUAGCCGACAGAGAUGACAUAGAUUAUAAAGACUGCUCUUCUACGCACUUUUUAUCCAAAAUUAUGAUCCCAAGUUGGCAUUUUUCCUUCACUGCUAUCUGUAAGUUCACUGUAUCUUAUGUAGAAGACAAUGUUUUGUUCAUCGCAUCAAUAGGCAACAUAAAUAAAUAUUUGUUGUCAGGUGGUAAAGUUCAUAUUUUGUCCAAUUCUUUACUUUCCACCUCUAAAUUAGACAUAGAAAAAAUUGAAGGCUCUGAAAAAGCGCUGAGGUUUGUUCAUGCUUUUUGUACAAUACUGCUUGUCAUGGUCCUGGGUCGGUGACCCAGCGCUUUAAGUUUAUUAUUAUCCUUUCUGGUUUAUUCUGAUUUUGUAUUUGUUCUUAGGAUUUGAGUUGUGUGUUUCUUUCAUCCCUACCUGUAUCUCUCCUCUGUGUUCUGUUCGUGUCCCCAGUUGGUUGUGUAAAACAGUCUGUGAGUUUCCUGUUUUACUUUGUAGGUUUGUGUCUCGUUAUGUCCAUCAGUUCCAGCUGUGUCCCCUCCUGUCUGCCAUUUCCUAAUUACCUGGUGUGUGUAUUUAUACUGUGUGUCUGCCUGCACUCCUCGUCGCGUCAUCUGUGUUCAUUCCCUAUGUUUCUCUACGUCUCCCUGUUCUGCCGUCCUCAUCUGCCAUCUCUGAGUUUCUCCCGCUGACCUUAUGUUCCAGGUUUGUUUGUUAGUUUCAUCCAGUUUAGGUUUAUGUUCAGUCCUGCCCUCACUUCUGUUAUUUUCACUGUAAAUAAACCUCCACUCGCAUCUCCAUCAC